AUGGAAACGGUCCCUGCAGAGUACGGCAAGCGGGUUUAUCAAGGAGUCCGGGUCAAGCACACGGUGAAGGACCUGCUGGCUGAAAAGCGUUCAAGGCAGACCAGCAGCUCACGGCUGAACGGAAGUCUAGCCACAACACAGUCGUCAUUUGUCCCACUGGCAGGUUCUUCUGCUAUGUCUGGUUACUAUGGCAUCCGAAGAUCCCUAAUGGCAGAUGUGGAUUUACAAAACAAUAAGCAGAUCUCAAGUGAUGUCUACACUUCCUCCCUCAUAGCAAAGCCGUUUGCGUACGACUCACCGGCAGUUCAGGGGUAUCCUUCGCUUCUAGACACCCAUUUCAUUGACCAAUAUGCUGACCACCGAACUGCAUCCGUCACCUCUGGAGCCUCGUCCCUCUUUAGUGCCUCGUCACCACUGACAUCGGUCAUGCCAUCCUUCCCAAGCGACUCGGCACAUUUUUUAAGUAGAGACUCCUGGGAACAAGCCAUGCCCGACAGCCUUGGCCAAUCGGAUGUGUGUCCCCCAGACUCCCUUCAAGCACCUUCCAUCACUGCCAGCUGCCUCUCCUCUCAUGAGCCGGGAGUUUCCUCCCAGUACAGAAAUCCCAGCUGGAAUUCGCCCAUCUCUGGGACUCAGUCCUACUCUUUCCAUGCUCUGGACGACAUCCACUAUGCAGCUGGCUACUCUGCUGCGUCUCCCUACCCAUUCUCAUCUUUUAUGUCCACUGUGGCCAGUGACCUGACUCCCAAGAUGCUCCAGACCUCUUCAGAGGAGUCUUCAGACACAGCCCCUCUCCCUGACAACAGCUCCCUCUGGCCAAAGGAAGAUGGGAGCCCCCUUUGGGGGUCGUACGAAUGUCGAAGGACUUACUAAACCAAAGAGACUUGCGACUGA